UGGGGGUCUCAUUGCGAAGAUGAAGCUGCUCCUGACCCUGGCAGGUGUCCUAGCUGCACUCAUCCUGGCCCAGCUCUGUGAGGGCACUGCCCCAGCCUCCCCCAGGGCAGUGGAGACCUCGGUCCUUCGGGGCUGCAUAACAGAGGCCAAGUUGCUGGUGGAUGCGGCCUACAAUCAGACUCAGAGGAGCAUGAAGCAGCGCCUUCGCAGUGGAUUGGCCAGCCCCAUGGACCUGCUCUCCUACUUCAAACGACCAGCAGCGGCCACCAGGACAGUCGUUCGGGCUGCCGAUUAUAUGCAUGUGGCCUUGGGGCUGCUGGAGGAGAAGUUACAACUCCAGGGGUCCAGAUCCUUCAAUGUCACUGAUGUGCUAACAGAACCCCAGCUGCGGCUGCUGUCCCAGGCCACUGGCUGUGCUCUCCAGGACCAGGCCGAGAAGUGCAGUAACAAAUAUCGCACCAUCACCGGGAGAUGCAACAACAAGAAGAGACCCUGGCUGGGGGCCUCCAAUCAGCCCCUGGCUCGCUGGCUGCCAGCUGAGUAUGAGGAUAGGCUGUCGCUCCCCUUCGGCUGGACCCCCGGCAAGAAGCGCAAUGGCUUCCCCCUCCCUCUUGUCCGGGCCGUCUCCAACCAGAUCGUGCGCUUCCCCAGUGAGAGGCUGACUUCCGACAGGGGCCGGGCCCUCAUGUUCAUGCAGUGGGGCCAGUUCAUUGACCACGACUUGGACUUCUCCCCUGAGUCCCCAGCCAGAGUGGCCUUCACUGCGGGCGUCGACUGUGAGAAGACCUGCGCCCAGCUGCCCCCCUGCUUCCCCAUCAAGAUCCCACGCAAUGACCCUCGCAUCAAGAACCAGAGUGACUGUAUCCCUUUCUUCCGCUCGGCACCCGCAUGCCCCCAAAACAAGAACAAAGUCCGAAACCAGAUCAACGCUCUCACCUCUUUUGUGGAUGCCAGCAUGGUGUACGGCAGCGAGGUCUCCCUUGCCCAGCGGCUCCGCAACCAAACCAACUACUUUGGGCUGCUGGCUGUCAACCAACAGUUCCGUGACAAUGGCCGGGACCUGCUGCCCUUCGACAAUAUGCGCAACGACCCCUGUCGCCUCACCAACCGCAAUGCGCGCAUCCCCUGUUUCUUGGCAGGUGACUCCCGAUCAACUGAAACCCCCAAACUGGCAGCGCUGCACACUCUCUUUAUGCGAGAGCACAACCGGCUGGCUACCGAGCUGAGACGCCUGAAUCCCCGGUGGACCGGGGACAAGCUGUACCAGGAGGCUCGGAAGAUCGUGGGGGCCAUGGUCCAGAUCAUCACCUACCGAGACUUUCUGCCCCUGGUUCUGGGCAAGGCCCGGGCCAGGAAAACCCUGGGGCCCUAUCGGGGGUACUGCUCCAACGUGGACCCCCGUGUGGCCAAUGUUUUCACCCUGGCCUUCCGCUUUGGCCACACCAUGCUCCAGCCCUUCAUGUUCCGCUUGGACAGCCAGUACCGGGCCUCAGCACCCAACUCGCGUGUCCCGCUUAGCUCCGCCUUCUUUGCCAGCUGGCGAAUCGUGCAUGAAGGUGGCAUCGACCCCAUCCUCCGAGGCCUCAUGGCUACCCCUGCCAAGCUGAACCGCCAAGAUUCCAUGUUAGUGGAUGAACUCCGGGAGAGGCUAUUUCGGCAAGUGAGAAGAAUCGGGCUGGACCUGGCAGCUCUCAACAUGCAACGCAGCCGGGACCAUGGCCUCCCAGGAUACAAUGCCUGGAGGCGCUUCUGCAGGCUCUCCCAGCCCCGGAAUCUGGCUCAGCUUAGCCGGGUGCUGAAAAACCAGGCUUUGGCAAGGAAGUUCCUGAAUCUGUAUGGGACACCUGACAACAUUGACAUCUGGGUUGGGGCCAUCGCAGAACCUCUUCUGCCAGGGGCCCGAGUGGGGCCUCUUCUGGCUUGUCUCUUUGAGAACCAGUUCAGAAGAGCCCGAGAUGGGGACAGGUUCUGGUGGCAGAAACGGGGUGUUUUCACCAAGAGACAGCGCAAGGCCCUGAGACGGGUUUCCUUGUCUCGAAUUGUGUGUGACAAUACCGGGAUCACCACCGUUUCGAGGCACAUCUUCAAGGCCAACACCCACCCCCGGGGCUUUGUGAGCUGCAGGAGCAUCCCCAAGUUGGACCUGUCAGCCUGGCGAGGCAAAUGAGGCUCGGCAGGUAAGAGGAGGCCCUCCUUCCACAGCCCUGGGCUGGGUCGGGCCCUCACAUCCCUCCCUGCAGGGGACAGCUGACUCCUCUUAGGCCUCUAAGCAGAGACAACAGAAUUUGUCACUAGGGACAGGGAACUC